AUGGGUAAAAAUGAGACCGCCGCCGCCAACGGCAGUAUUAAAAUGGAAGAUGUCGAAGAGGGGGAAAUAUCGGAUACAGCAUCAGUGGAAGAGAUCAGUGAAGAGGAUUUUAAUAAGCAAGAAGUUGUUAUAGUGAAAGAAACACCAUCUUCUAACAACAGCACACAGAAAGUUUGGACGAUGAGGGAUCUGUACAAGUAUCAAGUUGGAGGUGGAUAUAUGUCUGGUUUGUAUAAUCUUGCUUGGGCACAAGCUGUUCAAAAUAAGCCAUUAAAUGAGCUGUUUGUUGAGGUUGAACUGGAUGAUAAUUCCAAGAAAUCAUCUGUAUCUUCUGUAAAUAGUAGUAUAGAAGAUAAGAAAACUGUUGUGAUCGAUGAUAGUGGUGAUGAGAUGGAUGUUGUUAAAGUUAUUGAUGUCGAGAAAGAGGAAGGGGAGUUAGAGGAAGGUGAGAUUGAUUUGGAUUCGGAGCCGCCGGUGGCGGAAAUGGUGAGUGUUGAUGUCGAGAAGAGGGUGGGGUCGAUUCGUGAAGAAUUGGAGAGUGUUAGUGUGAUCGAAGCUGAGAAGUCAUUCGAGGCAGUGUGUUUGAAACUGCUUAAAGCAUUGAAGAGCUUGAAGGAAUUGGUUAGGGAAAAUGAAAAUGAUCUUCCCUCGAAAGAUGGUUUGGUUCAAUUGCUGUUCACUGCAAUUGGAGCUGUCAAUUCGGCUUUUAGCUCGAUGAACCAAAAAUUUAAGGAGCAGAAUAAGGACGUUUUCUCAAGGUUUCUUUCCCUUGUUGUAUAUAGCCACGAUCCUCCUUUUUUCUCUCCUGAGCAGGCCAAAGAGAUAGAGCUCAUGGAUUCCUCACUGGGUUCUCAUGAUAUUUUGUUUGGUUCAAGAACUGGUGAAGAAAGAGAAAAACAGGUUUCUGGUGAAGUGAAUGAGAAAGGUUAUUUUUCCUCUGCAAAAACUGGAGGUUAUGAUUUGACUGCUAUGAUUAAAAAGUUACCAUCUGUUGCUGAACCUUUUGUUCGGAAUAAGCCAAGCAUGUCAAUAGAAGCUCCGAAGCCAGGUAUACCUAGUUUUAAGAGUAGGGGUGUUUUGCUUCCUUUGCUUGACCUCAAAAAAUAUCACGAUGAAGACAGUCUUCCUUCACCAACACGGGAAACAGCACCUUCUUUACCUGUUCAAAGAGUAUUGCCUAUUGGGGAUGGAAUGAUUAGUUCGGGGUUGCCUGUGCCUAAGGUGGCACCUCUCACAGAAGAGCCUAGGAUGCAUCCCUAUGAAACUGAUGCACUCAAAGCUGUUUCCAGCUAUCAACAAAAAUUCAAUCGGAAUUCGUUUUUCACAAACGAACUUCCAAGCCCAACUCCUUCUGAAGAAUCGGGCAAUGGGGAUGGUGAUACUGCUGAGGAGGUUUCUAGUUCAUCGACUGUUGUUAACUACAGAACUGUAGAUCCACCUGUUUCAGACCAAAAAAUUGCUUCUGCUUCUCCUUCUCCUUCUCCUUCAACACCACCACCACCUCCUCCUCCUCCUCCUCCUCCUCCUCCCCACCCUGACAGUUCUAGCAUUCGUGGAGUUAUCCCGACUAGGAAUUCUGCCCCAGGGAGUUCUGGGCCUAGUUCUACCAUGAAAGCAUCAGCAAAGAGCAGGGACCCUAGGCUUCGAUAUGUUAAUACUGAUGCCAGUGCGUUGGACCACAACCAGCAUGCCUUGUCGAUGGUGAAUAACCAACCUAGAGUGGAACCUGCUGGAGCAAUAGCUGGUUCAAAGAAACAGAAGAUAGAGGAGGAUGUUUUGGAUGGUCCUUCAUUGAAAAGGCAAAGAAAUUCAUUUGAUAAUUUUGGUGGUGUCAGGGAUAGUAAAAUUAUUACUGGAACUGGUGGCUGGUUAGAGGACACUGAUAUGGCUGAAACUCAAACAAUGAACAAAAAUCAGUGGGCAGAGAAUGCAGAACCUGGUCAACAAAUAAAUAAUGGCGUUGUUUGUCCUAGUCCCAGUAGUGAUAUGUCCAAUGUGAAUGGUAGUGGAAAUGCACAGGUGCCAUUUACGGGAAUUAGUACCAUUGCCGGAAGUGAACAGGCACCGGUGGCAAGUACUACCACAACAUCUCUGCCUGAUUUAUUGAAAGACAUCGCUGUGAAUCCAACAAUGUUGAUAAAUAUACUUAAGAUGGGACAGCAACAGAGAUUAACAUUAGAUGGACAGCAGAAACUUGCUGAUCCUGCAAAAAGUACAUCACAUCCUCCAAGCUCAAACUCAGUACUGGGAGCAAUUUCUGCAGUUAAUGUUGCUUCCUCGCAGCCCUCAGGGAUUUCGGCAAGACCUGCAGGAACGCCUCAGGUUCUAUCUCAAAUAGCUACAACGGAUGAGUCAGGAAAAAUUCGAAUGAAACCACGAGAUCCCCGUCGUGCUCUCCAUAAUAAUUCACUCCAGAGGGCUGGGAGCUUGGGAUCUGAACAAUUCAAAACAACAACCCUUACACCCACCACCCAGGGGACCAAAGAUAAUCAAAAUGUGCUAAAACAAGAGGGGCUAGCAGAAUUGAAGCCAGUUGUGUCACCUGAUAUUUCCUUGCCGUUUACAAAGAGCUUGAAAAAUAUUGCUGAUAUUGUAUCUGUUUCUCAAGCAUCAACAACUCCACCUUCCAUUUCUCAGAAUGUUGCAUCCCAAGCUGUGCAAACUAAGUUGGAAAGAGUGGUUUUGGAUGGCAAAACUGGAAUUUCAAUUUCUGACCAGAAAAGUGGACCUACUUCAUCUCCUGAAGUGGUUGCAGCAAGUUGUCAUUCACAGAACAAGUGGGAAGAUGUUGAGCAUCUUUUUGAAGGGUAUGAUGACCAGCAAAAAGCUGCUAUACAGAGAGAGAGGGCAAGAAGGUUAGAAGAGCAGAAGAAAAUGUUUAAUGCACGCAAGCUCUGCCUUGUCUUGGAUCUUGAUCAUACACUUCUCAAUUCAGCCAAGUUUGUUGAAGUAGACCCUCUGCAUGAUGAGAUUUUGAGGAAGAAAGAAGAACAAGAUCGUGAAAAACCAUACAGACAUAUCUUUCGAUUUCCUCAUAUGGGGAUGUGGACAAAAUUGCGGCCUGGGAUUUGGAAUUUUUUAGAGAAGGCUAGUAAACUGUAUGAGCUGCAUUUAUACACAAUGGGAAACAAGUUAUAUGCUACAGAGAUGGCAAAAGUGCUUGAUCCAAAAGGGGUUUUGUUUGCCGGACGAGUUAUCUCCAGGGGUGAUGAUGGAGAUCCAUUUGAUGGUGAUGAGAGGGUUCCCAAGAGCAAGGAUCUUGAAGGGGUGUUGGGUAUGGAGUCAGGUGUUGUUAUCAUAGAUGAUUCAGUGAGAGUGUGGCCCCAUAACAAAUUGAAUUUGAUUGUUGUAGAAAGGUAUAUUUAUUUCCCAUGUAGUAGACGCCAGUUUGGGCUUCCUGGUCCUUCUCUUUUGGAGAUCGACCAUGAUGAGAGACCAGAGGAUGGAACUUUGGCAUGCUCUUUGGCGGUUAUUGAGAAAAUACAUCAGAACUUUUUUACCCAUCAUUCACUAAAUGAAGCAGAUGUGAGGAAUAUCCUUGCCUCGGAGCAGAGGAAGAUUUUGGGUGGCUGUCGCAUAGUAUUUAGUAGGGUGUUCCCGGUUGGUGAAGUCAAUCCACACCUACAUCCAUUGUGGCAGACAGCUGAACAGUUUGGUGCUGUCUGCACGAACCAGAUAGACGAACAGGUUACUCAUGUUGUUGCCAAUUCCCUUGGGACAGAUAAGGUGAAUUGGGCUCUCUCCACAGGAAGAUUUGUUGUCCAUCCUGGCUGGGUGGAAGCAUCGGCUUUGCUUUAUCGAAGAGCCAAUGAGCAAGAUUUUGCCAUUAAACCAUAA